AUCAUCAUAUUCGCCAUUUUGAAUAAACAUGGCUGAAAGCGUCAGCGAAACAGAGGAGCUCGUGAAAAAGACCGGUGCAACGUCUAUUAUUUGGACUUGGUUUGGAUUUAAGCCGUCCGAUGAGCAGCAGAAAAAUAUACUCUGUAGAGUGUGUGGGGCAAAAGUUCCAGCUAAGAGUGGUAACACUACUAAUCUGUUCUACCACCUCAAAACUAAACAUGUCGUUGAAUACCACCAGCAUUGCCAGGCAAUGCAGCCAACCGCAAGAUCCAGUACAAAGAAUGCAGGACAGAAAAAACAGGAACUGAUCCAAACCUCAAUCCAACAGUCAUUUUCAAAAGGUACUCCUUAUAUUAGGAAGAGCCCGCGAUGGAUUGAAAUUACCAGGGCCAUAACUGUUUACUUGUGUAAGGACAUGGUCCCUUUUCAAACGGUAGAGAGACGCGGCUUUAAAGCCAUGAUCAGAGCUAUUGAUCCACGAUAUGAGGUGCCAAGCCGCAAAUACUUCACAGAAACCGAGAUGCCAAAAUUGUAUGCCGAGCUCCGCGAAAAUGUUGAAAAAGAGCUGUGUGACUUGAAAUACUUUGCUACUACAACGGACCUGUGGUCGAGCCGUACCAUGGAGCCUUUCCUCAGUCUGACCAUUCACUAUAUAACGGAUGAUUGGAAUCUUGGCAGCCGGUGUUUGCAGACGUCGUACUUCCCCGCUGAACAUUCGGCCGAGGAGAUAGCACAAGGACUCAAGGAAGCGCUUGAGUCAUGGGGUUUUAAAGAAGAAAGCCAAGUUUGCAUUACUACUGAUAACGGAACGAACGUGGUCAAGGCAGCGUCUCUGAAUGAUUGGACCAGGCUGCAAUGCUUUGGACACAGACUGCACCUCGCCAUCGAAAAAAGUAUGAAAGACCCCCGAACUGACCGUGCUGUUGGCGUAUGCAAGAAGAUUGUGAGUGCCUUUUCAUACUCUUGGAAAAGAAGAAAAGAGUUGAAGAAAGCCCAGGCAGAGCACCAUCUUCCCUUUCAUCGGCUCAUCACAGACACACCAACAAGGUGGGGGUCACGCCAGAUGAUGAUCCAGAGGGUGCUUGAACAAGAGAAGGCACUAUCACAGGUACUGAAAGCAGACAAGAAAACCAAACACCUGGUACCCACUUGGCAAGAUACAGAUGUCUUGGAAUCUAUAAGCCGGACCCUCGGGCCACUGCUGGAAUUCACAGACGCGCUGUCUGGUGAAGAUUAUGUCAGUGUGUCGUACAUCAAACCUGUUCUCCAUAUUUUCAACAACACUGUUCUUGCUGCAGCUGAUGAUGACACUGAGCUGACCAAGGACAUGAAAAGAGUCAUCCUAGAGUGCUUAAACGAGAAGUACUCGGACCCAAAAAUGGUUGACCUGUUGGAUAUGGCCUCCUUGGUCGACCCACGGUUUAAAGAUGCAUAUAUAGCUGAUGACCGCCAGGAGUUCAUCAAGACCAGAGCGGUAGCAGAAAUUCUGUCACUGUUAGAGGUGCAAGCUGCAACAGUCAGAGAGCCACUGCCACACACAAGCACAGAAGCUGCAGCUGAUGGUGCUGAAGCUGCUGAAGUAGCUGUUGAGAGGCAAUCAAAGAAAGUAAAACGAAGCCUGGGAAGCUUUUUCAAAAAGGCCUCCUCCGAUGGCACAGCUGCUCUCACUGACAGAGAGGCCAUAAAAGUGGAGCUAAAAAGUUACCUGCAGACAAUGCAGGUUGAUGCAGAGACUGAUCCACUGGACUGGUGGCGGCUGUACCAAGCUAAUUUUCCAAGGGUGGCUAGACUGGCCCAGAAAUAUCUCUGUAUCCCGGCCACAAGUGCUCCUUCAGAAAGGGCAUUUAGCUUUGGUGGCAACAUUGUUACAUGCCACCGGUCUCUGUUGAAGCCAGAGACUGUGGACAAGCUUGUGUUCCUGGCUAAUAAUCUUUAG